UCAAACAAAUGAAGUAGCGAAAUCUCUGAAGGUAUCACUCUUGUGAAUUGUAAUAUUGAAACGAGUGAUCUCUUUUGUAUCAAAUAAUAAUAUGUAUGGAGGGAUAUGGUUGGAUUAAUGUGUUUUGAUUAAUUGAAUUAUGCACAUCACAGUGCUGAAAAGAUGUCUUCCCCUCAUCGUUUUGGGUCAGACUCUUAUGCAUGCAAGUUGUUGCUAAAUCUUUUCUGCUCUUGUUUUGACGAUGAUGCGACGGAGCAGUUGGGCUAUUGCAUUCUUUUUCCCUUUUGGCAUUUUUGAAACCUGUCGUAUAUGUCAGUCCGUCUCAGGCCGUUAGCAUCUAAUCACUGACUUUAUACUGCAGGAAUUAUUUGUUCUGAUCCUAAUGGAAUGUUCUCAACUUGUAAAAUCACUCUUCCAGCCUCCAAACCGCAGACUCGUGAAUGGAAUCUGCCCAUCCAUAAAGCUACUGGAACAAAACGAAUCAGCACAAGCACUAGACCAACUCCGAGAGAUGCCUCGGUUAAGCAAACCGCAAUCAAGGGACCUCAUGGUGGUAAGAUCCCCGGGUGCACAACGAGCUGUGGACUGAGGUUACCAAGGAAAACAGAGGUCACAGCAGCAAGAAUGAUCAAGCAACUUGGCUGUAAAUUUGCAAAAGGUUUGCGUCUGGUGGUGAUGAGGAAGAAGAGGAAAUCUUCACCGUCAAAGGGUUCUUCUUCUUUUUCCUCAGGGAGGUCUCAGCCAUCGAUCAUGCCCAUAAGCAAUGACAAUCAUAGAUCAGAGGCCAUAGAAGACUGCAUAGAGUUCAUCAACUCAUCAUCCUCUUUCACCAGAUCAAACUCUACUUCUUAAGUUUCAUUACUCCCUUUGUCUCCGUCGUUCGUUGUCUAUUUGCUUGUUUUGUGAGAAGUACAUGUACUGUCUGUCUAUAUAAUAUGUCUUUAUGUGACUUCAAUUGAUGUGUUACUAAAUAUAGUUCUAGUAAAUAUGUGAAAUCAGUUCUCAUCGUCCUCUUGCUCUGACUGUCUGUAAAUGUUUGGUUUUAAUAUUAUUCGUCUUUGUUCAUGAUAA